CAGUUGAUUACUCUUGCCUGGAUGAUUAGGCCAGAAUGGAGUGUAUGACUUCAGGUUUAGUUUUAACAACAGCGAACAUGUAAGACUGCAAAAUCACAGAAGGAACUAACGUGAUGUAUGUGACCACCUUCCUGCGUUAUGUUAGGCUUGGUGGUAGAUGUGUUUCUGCUCGUAUCGUUCAGAUGAGGAAUCUCUCAGGAGCGGAUGCCAUUAAUGCCCUGCGGCCCUUUUACUUUGCAGUACACCCUGAUUUCUUUGGCCGGCAUCCAAGAGAGAGAGAAGUCAAUGAAAACUCCCUCAAAAGGCUAAAUGGUUAUCUGGAAAAUCUUCAGAAGCCUGGGGCAAGAUCCCUCAAACCUGCAAACCUCACUUUUUAUGUCAGGGACACAAAAGAAAAAGCAGACUCCAGUGGUAGUCUGCUAGCCUCAGGAUUCCGUCCGGUGACCUUCACCCUGCAGUCUAAGGAUGUUCUGAGCACAGUGUUGGAUGUUCUGAGCUCCUGUAGCCUCUCGGUUGAACAUAUGCAAGAUGUGCUCAAGGCUGAGACCGAGAAGAGCUCGACACAACAGCCUGGAAUAGCUUUCUAUUGUCCCAUCAAAUGGGACAAGACUUAUUACACUUUCACAGGAUUCAGGGACCCAGAGCAGGAGUUAGAACAAGCCAGAAGAGUCGAGCCCACACUAAGUUUAUGGCUGAGAAACAAUGAGCCGGAGGCCACAAAGAAACAGAAUGCCAGUCUUCCACGGCGUGAGGAGCUGAAAAGACUGAAAAGAGAGCUGAUUCAGAAACUUGGUUUGUUGGAUAUCAGGUGGCAGCGCAAAUGGGGAGUUGCACACAAAUGCUGUCAGCUGCAGAGUCUGGGUCGUCUCUCCACACAAAGCCCUGAGGCUCUGCACAUCCUGAGAGGGCAUGUAAUAGUUUUUACUGACCAAUCAGGGAUGAAUGCCUCGGGGCAUGUUAUGUUAGGAACAAUGGAUGUCCACCAUCAAUGGACAAAGCUCUUUGAAAGAUUGCCUAGUUACAGAAGCAUGUUCCAGCAGUCGGACUGGCUGAAGGAGUGCAUCAGUCACCUUUUGGGAGGGAUUCAGGUGAUCCACAUCGAGCGGAUGGGUCCAGCUCUGCCUCUGGAGGAACAUUACAGUACCCUCAACACUUUCCACAAGAGACUGUUGCCUCAGCGCCUCUCCCUGCACCCCCGCAGCAUGCAAGGCCUCACAAUGAGCUUGGAAAAUGACCGCUCCACCCCCUACCUGCAUGAGAUGGGCCACUUCAUCAUCCCCACUAUGUGUGACACCCUCCAGCUGCAGAACUUCCUCCAGAGCCAGGCCCAGGAGGCCCGGAGACGCAUGCGACGCAAAGACAAGUUGGAGGCAGAGGAAGAAGACAUCAUUUCCAGUUGUCUGCAGGAUUUGUCUCUGCACAGUCUGUGUAAAGAGCCCAGUGUGUCGAGCAGUCAGAUGAUCCCCUGCUGCAGGCGUCUGAUGGAGGAGAGAUCCCCUCAGAUGCAGGGCCUUCAUCUCUGCAUCUCUCACUUCUAUUCAGUCAUGCAGGAUGGGGAUCUGUGUAUUCCCUGGGACUGGAAGGGCUGAAACACUCUGAACUGUAUUUGGACUUUAUCACUAUGCCUCUCAGGCUGUAAUAAAGUAGUCAGAAUUUUUGGAAGAUUUUGGCCUAGUGUAUAGGCAUAAUCAUAAAUGCACUUUGGUUCUAAAAUACUAGCACAUAUAGUGUUGUGCUUCUGAGGCAGUGGGCCCCAGUCAUGUGAUAUUAUAACUUAGCAUAGAGGGUUUGAUGUUUAUUUGCACUGCCAAACCAUACACAUUACUCAUGAGCCGAACACUUCAGGGUCAUAAUUUUGACAGGGUCAUCAUCAUAUCUCAAUCUAUUAUAGAAAAUAGCUCUUGGAAAAACUGAUAAGGCAAUUUUUUGCCUUAAAACAAUCAGUUGCUAGCUACACCAUAUCAGAGGUUUAUAAUGCUGGAAUUAUAAUCACGUUUUGGUUAGUUUAACAUGCAACUUUGGGUUUUCUAAUGCACAUUUUUGGUUGGUUCUGAUGUUCAGUGUAGUGUUGGAAUCAUGCUCCAUAUGAGUGACUGAGUCUUCUUUAUCAUUUCAAAACCCCAGUGUUCCCGACUGACUGGAGAUAAACACAUUUACUA